AUGAUUUCAAAAUGCACCGUUCAUGCAGCUUUAAAACCCCGAUUCUACAAGCCACCCACAGGCCGACUCAUCAAAGCCACGCAGUCGUUCGAACGGCUCAGUAUGGAUUUCAAAGGGCCUUUACCUACAAGAACUCGCAACAGAUACUUACUAACCGUCGUUAAUGAACACAGCAGAUUUACUUUCGCACUUGCAUGCCUGCAUUUGCUUACUACAACCAUCCUUAAUUGCCUCUGCCAGUUGUUCGUUGUUUUUGGUAUGCCGGCGUACAUACACACAGACCGAGGGUCUUCAUUCAUGUUUGCAGAGCUUUCCAAGUUCCUACUGGACAAAUGGGUGGCAACUAGUCACACAACAGCCCACAAGCCAAUGGCCAAGUGGAACGUCUUAACGGAACCCUUUGGAAUACCAUCUCACUCGCUCUACGAGCCAGAAACCUGGCACCUUCUCAGUGGGAGUUUGCCCUUCAUGACGCGCUACAUUCCAUCCGUUCGUUGCUUUGUACUGCUACAAACACUACUCCUCAUGAACGUCUCUUUUGUUUUGCUCGACGGUCAACUAACGGAAUUUCCAUUCCAUCCU